AUGCCGCCUACCCAACCGCAUGCCCAUGACGAACCCGCACCUCUACUAGCAACCGAUGGGUCUUUUUCUCACCGCCUCAAGCUGCAGAGCAGCUCACGCGAUAAUAUUCUGACCGACGAGCACAUGUCCCCGCCGCCUGAUGAUGAUACCUCGUCGUCCGAAUCGACUCGCCCAGGUGGCAUCGCCAACGCUCUUCGCAGCCUCACCAGUCCCAAGGCGUCAAGCAAGCCCGCAGCGCCGUCUUCUCCACCGCCGAUAAUAACGUUGCCAAGAAGUGAAGCCGAUCCUAUGCACACGAGAUCUCGCAAGCUUUCUACAUACCACAUGGACGCACUCGAGCUGCUGAAGAGCGGUGACCCUGGCGAGAGGAUAUCCGCUGCGAAUACGCUCAAGCAUUCUGUUGGCGAAUAUCCUGUCAGCACUGUGCUCGAAAUCUGGCACUCCGCCAAAGGCCUUGUCGAUUCACUCAACCCAGCCACUGUGCGGGCUGCAGCCUGGGAGCUGUUGGCGGAAUGUGUCAAGCAUCCUUCUUCUACCGAGCUGGAACGCAAAGAGUAUUUCCAGACAAUAUCUGCACCAACAACCUUGGAGGACUUUCAUCUUCAACUCGCUGCCCUCGUUGACCUGAGCCACCACGGCCGUCUUACUGCAGGUUUUGAUUACGACCUUGUCCCUCUCCUCGCCGAAUGGGUCCAAGGGGUGUACAAGGCCGCCCGAAAAGCUCGAAAGAAUGCUCAGUCGACCAGAGGGCAACAAAGUUCAUCCAAGGGUCGGGCCGCCGCUUCUGGCGAGGAGCAAAACCUUCACCAGCUCUUUCAAUUCCUCCUCGACGUCAUCAAGUUCGGUCUCAACAACGCAACCGACGCAAGUAUAGGGGACCUCGUUGAAAGCCUCCUUGGUGUCUGCAUGCACACCAACAUUGAGGAUGACCUUGAAUCUUGCGUCUGUGCCAUCGAUGCCAUAGGCACUUUUGGCUCAAUACCUCAAGACAAGGUACAAAAGUGUGUCCGGGUUCUGUCGUCCAUUUUUUGCCUCGUGCCGGCCUUGCAUAAAACCUCUUGGCACGCCAUUGCGAAUCUUUGCAAAUCCCACCACGGCCAGGCCACGGUCCGCAUAAUGCUCGAUACUCUCCGCAACCUUCCUGGCGAGGGAGCAAACGACGCGGUCAUGAGCCGGGAAGUCAGAGGUGCCCUCGCCGUGCUGCAGAAAUUACUGUCCAAGACGUCGGAAAAUGGCUACCCCAUCAUCCCUUACGCCCUUCUCGUUGACGGGCUGUCCAAUGCUGUCAGGGGAACGACGUCGAUCAGAGUGUUCGGGGCGCUGCUGCAGCUGAUAAACUCGUUGUUCGACGAUGGACAAGGACAGCUGCACCCGCUGAUCGCGGAUGAAGAUUGGUCAAUAUGCUUGGAGGUUGCUGCCGAAUGCUACAAGCGGGCCAGCAGCAGCCUCGACAUGAGGCGCAACAGCGUGACGAAGGAGGAGGCGCCAGAAGUGACGGUGGAACGGGAAACGCUGGAACUGAUCAGCAGGCUUGAUGGGAUCAUCAAACAGUCAUCCGGCGGCUUUGUUCCCCGAGAAGCUAUCGUCAGAUUCUUCACCGGCGUGCAUUCGAUCCUCCCGGAUGCCACGGCGAUGACCGUUCUCGAUUUCUUCCAAGAGUUCAGGUGCUGCGCGCCAUCCGACCUCCAGUGGGAGGAGAAUUUGAACUUGGUGCUGGAGGCAUUCUUCGGCAAUCGCAACCGCAGCUCCGAAACGCGGUUGCGAGCCCUGCACACUACCAUGGAGGCAUACGAAAUCGUCGACCUCGUUGGGGAUGAAUCCGAGCAGAACUUGACCCCUUUGUUAGCCAAGAGUAUUCUGCAAAACAUCGCCGACGAAACAGACGUGCCGGUGCUGGAAGCAAUCAUGUCGCUGAUAGUGUCUCUGGCCACUUCCUGCGAUAUGGAGCUAUUCGACUACAUCAUCGACACGCUCAAGGAGAUUGUGAUGAAUGACCAGCUCAAGUCCCCGAUCGUUUCCCCGACAACCUCUGCUCUGUCGCCAACCAAUUCCGGUACAACCAACUUAUCACCCGACGAGUCACCUUCGAAUGUGGUGACAAAGGCCUACGUCAAGAUGUUUCUGCGAGUCAUGAACGUACAUGGGGCAAAGAGCGCCCGUCUCUUCGCUGAGCUCGUCACCAUUUCGAAGCCAUCAAGUCAAUGCGAGAUUGAUGCGCGACUCUCUGCCAUGAAAUUGCUGUUUAGGCUCCGGGCCGACUGGGCUUAUAGGAUUUUCGUCACAGAUGACGUGGAGAACGGCUUUCUCGCGACUGCCAUGUGUCGUACAGAUGCCUCGCUGGCCAAAAAGCAGGCCGAGGAGACUGCUCAGGCCCUCCGCUUGUCGAGAAGCGACCACAGCGGCCAACCACGGGCGUCGACCUCGCGCGGCGUAUCCUUUUCUCAAGGCGCACCCCACGAGAGGGGCAUGCCUGCCCGAACUCCUAGUUGCGCGUUGAGCCUUCAACGACAUCAUCAAAUGUGGAGAUGUCCUGAUCCAGAAGCGCUUCCGGAUGCCAUUCCGACGCUCGCCAGCCCUGUCCUGGUUUCCGUCGGGCCCGGCCGCCGGGAGGAAGUCGACGGAGGUUCCCGCCCCGACGAGGCGGUCACCUACGGCUCGCGCUCCGAAGAUGGAGAGUUGCGAGUCUGCUCUCUGAACAUGGCGGCAUGGCUCGAAGCGUUGCUGACCGUUAUGCAAGGGAGCGACUGGGAGACGUACAGUUUCGUCCUCGUUCACCUUCCAUCCCAGUUGAGCAACCACGCCAUCUUCACGGAUGCUAUACCUCAAAUACAGGUCCUUCGCAGGAUGAUCUGCGAGCAGAUUCGCAUCAACGGGUUCCAAGAACCACCAAACACGUCGGGUCUACGACGCGCCGACGUCGCCAUUUGUCUCUUUCACAGCUUGACUAUGAUUCUAAGCUAUCACGAACAUUUCCUGAAGAGCGACGAGGACGAGAUUGUCAAGACUUUCAUCCUCGGCAUCGCCACGUGGGAACGGACUGCAAAGUACUGCAUUCAUGCAUUGUCCAUCUGCUGUCACGAGCUUCCGCUCUCCAGCAGCAAAUCCCUGAUCCAGAUGCUGAACCAGAUGGCGGCCAUCAUCACGCAGCCGCACGUGUCGAUCCACAUCUUGGAGUUCCUGGCCUCCCUUAGUCGGCUGCACAACGUCUUUGUCAAUUUCAGAGAGGACGACUUUCGAAUCGUGUUUGGCAUCUGCUUCCGCUACCUCGACUACGCCAAGGACAAGAGGAAGCAGUCAAGCUGGAACAACCACGUCAGCGAGUGCGUGACGAUCAUGACUCUUAUCUCGAACCCUGCGGAUCUCUCCACUUCGAGCCCGUCGGACGAGGUGCCGCAGUACGUGCACGCUUUGGCCUAUCAUGUCAUUCUGUUCUGGUUCCUGGCGCUUAAGCUGCAAGAUCGAGCCCAUCAUGUCGGGUGGAUCGUCAGGAAGCUCCUGUCGGACGGUGACGGUGCCGGCCAGAUAGCAGAUGAGCAGACCCUCACGUCUCUGGACUUCAUGCAAAGGGUCACGUACGCCGACGUCGACGAGUCGGCCGAGGACCCCUACUUUACCGAGGACCGGUUCGGGUCCAUUGACAAGAAGCAGUGGCUGAUUGGGAACAGCAUCGUCACCAUCAAGCAGGCGACGGCCUCGGGGUGGGCGCAGGUGGUCAAGAGGCAGCCUUCCGGGACGUCGGCGUACCUCGUCCGCGAGACAAUCACGCCGCCGCCGCCUCACCAGACGGAGGCACAUGUCGACGUCAGCAGGGAAGGACAGGCGACGACCAACGCCAUCUUGCCCAGCCAUCUCCUCGUGCAGCUCAUGUCUCCCAUGCCGCAAGCAUUCGACUCGGCGCGACCCAUCCCGCUGCCGGACGACGAAGUCACCGAGAGGGCGAUUCGCGUGUUUGACAGAAACUCGAGCCUCGAUGGGCACAAGGUCGGCGUCGUCUACGUCGGCGAAGGGCAGACGUCGGAAGCGGAAAUCUUGGCCAACGUCUCGGGCAGCAGCGACUACCUAGACUUCCUCGACAACCUGGGGACUCUGACGAAGCUCAAGGGGGCGACGUUCAACACGCAGGGCCUGGAUCGCGAGUACGAUGGCGACGGCGAGUACACGUUCUGCUGGCGGGACAGGGUGACGGAAAUCGUAUUCCAUGUCACGACGCAGAUGCCGACCAGCCUUGAGCGGGAUCCGAACUGCACGCUGAAGAAGCGGCACAUCGGCAACGAUUUCGUCAACAUCAUCUUCAACGACUCGGGGCUGCCGUUCAGGUUUGACACCUUCCCGAGCCAGUUCAACUUUGUCAACAUCAUCAUCACGCCGGCAUCGCGCGCCUCGUUCAUCGCGACGCGCGACACGAUCCCGGACGAGGACAGGAACGAGAGGCAGCCGUUCUACAGGGUCCAAGUGGCGAGCAAGCCGGGCUUCCCCGAAGUUUCGCCCGCGUCGGAGACGAAGAUGAUCUCUCUCAAGGCACUUCCCGGCUUCGUCCGACUGCUCGCCUUGAACGCGUCCAUGUUCUCGGUCGUGUGGCACAACCGCGAGGGCGGCGAGCACAUCAGCUCGUGGCGAGGCCGGCUCCGCGAGAUUCAGCGGCUGAGGGAGAAGCACGAGCCCAAGGCGGACCACCGAGCACCGUCGCCACCAUCGGCGCCGUUGGUCGUCCCGCAGGCGGAGACGGCGCGCGCGGCCAACAGCGUCCGAGAUAGCUUCAGCAGCCUACGACGGACCAGCGUGGCGACCUUUUUCACCGGCACGAGCGAGCAGGUAUCGCACAGGUCCUCGAUCAUGUCGACGUCGGGCACAUCGAACGAGACGGAGAUGCCACCGACGAACGGGGUCAAUCCGUUGGUGGAGUCGGUCGAUUUUUCGAAGUGGGCGUAA